GAGUCAUCGAGUGUGUGACUGUGUGUAUAUAUAACGGACAGGAGCGGAGGAGCUUUCUGUCUUCUAAUAAAGUGAAGUUACGGUUCGUACUUCGCUUUGUAGCUUCUCGCAGGAAUCCUUCGCCGGGGUUUUAUUCGAGAAUAAAAUACGGAGGAGAUUCAUCGAGGUUGUACAAGAAAAUUCAAGGAGAGAAAAAAAAUACAGAAGGAAAAAGUAAAGCAAAGACUUUUUAUCAGAUCUGUUGAUUUUCAGGGACUUGGAUUUCGUUUCUUUAUUCACUCUCUGUUUGGCUUUUUAAGCUCUCUCUAAAGUAAUCAACUUUAUCUUGCUUUUUGCUGAGAAAAAUGGGCGUGAAAGUAGCUACGGCCUGUUUUCAAUGGUCGCAGCCAAUUAUAACUCAUUCUUCUUCGUCCUCUCAAACCCUAGCCUCUACAAUCUCAUCUCCUUCCUCAAAAAAACGGUGCUGUUCAGAUGGAACUGCAGCUGCAGGUCUCAUGUGUCGAUAUGUACACAGGCUUGACAGGUUCGCUCUGCUUGACACUUCAUCAACAAAACUCCGCAAGUCAUGGUCUUGUGAACAUCGAAAAUCGAGAGCUCGCACUGUAAAAACAGCUUGCAGUGCAAGCUUAGAUGCCUUCUUCGACGAAGAAUUUUCCAAGAAAAUCCAAGAGCUGGCACUCAGAUUCCAACUCUCAGAUGACAAUGGCGACUAUGUCAGUAGCGAAGUGGAUUUGGGAUCGGAGACGGUCUCUGAUUCCAGAGAUACUCAUGGCGUGAGUAGCUCAGAGAGUUAUAACAGUAUCACUCAAGAAUCUUCAAGUUUACAGAAUCAGAGACAAUUCCCUCUGGAUUCUGUAGAACCUCCGUGGCCAGAAAUUCAACAAGAGCCACCGGAUUGGUCUGAGAGGGAUGAUAUUAUUCCAGCCAGUAUCGAACGGAAAGCGAACAGCACUAACCUCCCUCUUUCGCUUCGAAUGAUAAAGAGAAAGAUGCAAUGGCAAGAGGGAUUCAGGGAAGUAGGGGAAUCUGCUUACUGUUCAGUGAAAAGGGCUUUUUCUUCUAUGGUGUUUAUAAUUCGAGAACUACAUAGCUAUUUUUUGCAAAUGAGAGAGCUUCUGUUCACUGAAGAUUUGCAGGGGAUUAUUGUUCGAGUACAGAAAGAAUUGCAUGGUUCCUUCGUUUGGUUAUUUCAACAAGUGUUCUCACACACACCGACUCUAAUGGUGUAUGUGAUGAUUCUGCUUGCUAAUUUCACAGUAUAUUCUAUGGGCAGUAACGUCGCAAUUGCAGCCGCGCCGCCACCUGUGUCUUAUGCAGCCACCACUGAAAGUGUUUCAGUGGUUGAAAUUCAAGACCAAAACAGACAAAAGUUUGAUUCUUCCUCAUUAAAAACGUUUUCAAUAUCUUCCUCAGGUGGCAAAUCGACUUUGAUCGGCGGUAACAAUGGCGAUGGUGGUAAGGUCAGGCCGGUUGCCAGUGGAACUGAUGGUGACGGUCUGUUCGACCGGUCGGACCAAUUUAGAACAUUUGUCCCUGAUGGUGCUUCGCAAUUGACCUCUCUAAGGACUACAGAGGAAGCAGAGUCAGUAUCAGGGCAAGGAACGAGAGAAGAGGAGUGUACAUGGAAUUCAAUUGUAGACGAAGCCUCAAAAAUGCAGGUUCUUGAUCAUGAGACCACGCAGAGAUUUGUUUCACCCAUAAAAGCAAAUGUUGAGCCGGAUGAUUAUUCAGAUUAUUUUAGAACAGAGCUACUGUAUCAAACGAGAUUGUCCCAAGACCCUAAUAAUCCUCUUCUUCUAGCCAAUUAUGCUCAAUUCCUCUACGUCGUCGCUCAUGAUUACAACAGAGCAGAAGAUUACUUCAAGAGAGCAGUAAGAGCAGAGCCAGUAGAUGCGGAGGCGUUCAGCAAAUAUGCAAGCUUUCUAUGGAGAGUGAGAAAAGACUUGUGUGCAGCUGAGGAAACCUUUUUGGAAGCCAUUAACGCUGACCCUACAAACUCUUACUAUGCUGCCAAUUAUGCCCAUUUUCUAUGGAACACUGGCGCUGAGGAUACUUGUUUCCCACUCUGCUCCCAAGAUAACCCCCAAGAACUCUAAUACACUGGGGGGGAAAAAAAGGAAAAAGUUGCAGAGAAGAUAAUUCUUAUCACUGUCUUAUCCAUCUCUUUAUUUCCACCUCUCGACUGAGAAAAGAAGUUGGUGAAAGUAAUAAAAAAUUGGAAAGAAAAGAUUAAAAAACUUUCUUAAUUAUUGGUGGAAGGUGUCAAGGAAUGUCUGGGAGGGUGUGGAACGGGAAGUGUAUUUCAUGUGGGGCGGUGUUUGGAAGCUGGGUUGCAUGUGACCGAGGAGGGAGUUUGGGAAGAAGCGAAUGGAAAAGUGGCAACUCAACACUCUGCUCUCGCGGAUCACAAUCGGCGGAUUUUACAGAGUUUCUCAAUAUGUAAAUAUUUUCCUUUCUGUUUGUAGGCGACACAACCACAUGGCAAAGUCAGUGUAGUUAUCAGAUUUGUUAAUACAUUCCCUUUUUAAUUAGAGAGUUUUUUAUUUGAUUAA